UGUUACCUAGCAACUAAGAUCAAACAACGCGCCGUUUUACCGACUAUUGGAAAUACGUCACCACGCCACUAUUUAUUAUUAUUGCCACGGUGGUAUUAUUAUUAUUAUUAUCAGUCAGAGGUCAGACAUAAGGAUGAGGGUGUCGCCCACGGCCGCGUACUGUAGUUGUAAAUAAAAACAGAACUAUAACUGUGUGUGACGUUUGCGGCUCGUCUAGUUUUCCGACCACCGCGCGCGCUCUACAAGUUAACCAAAGGAAGUGCCUGUUCUGCUCUGCUCCGAAAUGUUACGGAGCUUCACCACUCCCCUACCUGCUUCUGCUCGCUGCGCAUGCACUGACCUGAAGGGCGUCGUGAAUGCAGCGACAGUCUCGCACUUCCUCCUGUUCAACACCUACAGUCAGGAAGAAUGAACCACUUCCACUAGUUUGACAAGGCAGACAGUGCCUUGUCUGGAGCGUCUGCCGAGAACAUCUCGUUAGAGGCGCUCACAAUGAGGGUCUCUGGAUUAUUCCCGUGGAGCCCCACUUUACUGACUUUGCUGGCUUUGUUUCUACGUUGUGAGGCUGAUGUGAACACUGAGAUGCAGCCUGGGCCCCUGUACCGUGUGGUUGGCUCUCGGCUCUCCAUCUCCUGCAGCACAAGCGGCUUCCCCAAUGAAAACUCUGAUAAGGAUUUUAAAUUCUACAUGGCGAGUCCUGCACGCCCAACACAUUUCCUCAACAUCAUCAGCACAGAAGACCCAGACUUUGGUUAUGCUCGUUUUCUGCGACGCAUAGAAGCAGGCGAUAUUUCCCUCACACGCGUUGGUCCCAACUCAGUCAUAUUUGAAAUAAAAAACCUACGCAAGGAGGAUGAAGGGGAAUAUGAAUGCUCCGCAGUCAAGCCAAGAUCUAUUUUAAAUGGAGUCUUCUCUGUGAAAGCAGUUGUUAAAGUGAUCGACAACUCCCUAAGCGUUACAUCUGGUGAGUCCGUCACCUCGCUGCCCCGUAACGAAGGCGAAGCUCUCACUUUGACGUGCCAAGCAUCCACCAACACCAUCCAGCACGUCCAUCUGUCUUUCAUCUGGUAUCUGCGUAAAGAUGGGGCUGAAGAAGCUAAACCGAUCAUUUCUCUGGACAAAGAUUUCACACUGACUCCUGGCCAGGGCUUUGAGCAGCGUUACAGGGAGGAAGCCAUUCGCUUAGAUAAAUUAGGAGAUGCUGAUUACAGGCUUCAGAUGACUAAGCUUGAGCUGUCAGACCAGGGUCAGAUCUACUGCCAAGCUCAGGAAUGGAUUCAAGAUCCAGAUCGUUCCUGGUACAAGAUCGCUGAGAAGGAUGCAGAGGAAAUUACUCUGACAGUCAAACCUAAAGAGACGUCGGCCCUGGCGGUGAGUCUUUCUGCAGAGAAUGCCGUGCAGGAGGGGAAGGAGCUGUUGCUGUCCUGCAGCAUCAGCGCACAGAACCUCGCAGGCCGGUUCUUCUCCGUCGCGUGGCUCUGGGAAGGAAAUGAGCUGGUCCGAAUCGGCCCUACGGGCAUUCUGACCGUGACGGCGGCAUACAGUGACCAAGAGAGAGAUGGGGAGCUAAGAGCCACGCGUACUGAGAACAGCAAAUACCAACUCAGGUUAAAGCCUGUGAGAACAACACAUGGAGGGAGUUAUGUGUGCAGGGCCUGGCCGGAAGAGAGAGACCAAGAAGGCAACUUUAAACAAGGAGGAGCUCAGGACUCCCAGCCCCAGGUGGUCCGCGUCUCAACUGCAGAGAGUGGGCUGUCGGUCAAAAUGGAGAACACGUUGCAAAUAAUUUCCCAAGGAGAGAAAUUAAGGCUCACCUGUACAGUGGACGGGUUCAAAGGUCCGCUCUCUGUCGCCUGGCAACACAAGUCCGUGCGGUCACCUUUGUUCUCCACCAUCAUCGAUCUAAGUGAGGAUGGAGUCACAGAGAAAGCAGAAGCUUUUGCGGGGCGUGAAGUGAGAGUGACCCGUUCCAAGAUGGAAACCUUCGUCUUCGAGAUGGAUCAAGUUGCUCCGACUGAUUCGGGUAUCUAUGAGUGUGUCGUCUCUGAAAAGCAAGCCAACGGCAAAACUCACAGCAAGUUUCAAAGUGCCAACGUGACUGUUAAAGCUAUCGAAUCCCUGGUGAGGGUCAUACUGAAGAGCCGGGACCAUGGCGUGACUGUGGGAGAAAACGCACAUUUAAUGUGCAAAGUCACCAGUCCCCGGGUGCCAAUGACUCUGACUUGGAGCGUGCAGAAAGAGGACUCCAACAUAAACACCAUUGUGGUGCUGUACUCAAAUGGUUCCAUCAGCUGGUCCGGGGACCAGCAUCGUUACCAAGUGGAGGUAAACAGCCAAGAGAACACCUUGGACGUCAUGCACUCUCUGAAAAUCCUUAGUGCCAGCCACAGGGAGGCGGGAACGUACCAGUGUAGGGUGUCAGUUUUUCUGGGUAAGGUCCACAAAAAGAUUCCUCCGUCCAACCAGCUGAAGGUGAUGGUGAACAAUCCAGUCAGCGAACUCGCCCUAGUUUCCAAGCCCACCAUUACACAAAGCAUCAACACUGACAUACAAAUUGUUUGCAAAGUCACAUCAGCAACACCUAAGCCGUCUCUCUACGAGGUCCUCUGGGAACUCCAACAAGAAGCUGGAAAUAAGACCGUUCUGAGCUCAGACCGUAACGCUCUCGUCACUUUCGGGACCCAGAUUGAGGAGAAUGACAGCCGACGGAUCAGCAUGAGACGCACCGCUGAGCCUGCUUUCGAGCUGACCAUUCGACAAGCCAGACUCUCAGACAAAGGCCUUUAUGUGUGCAAGGUGGUGGAAUAUCUACAAGAUCCUCAGGGAGAAUGGUAUUUCCUCUCGGACAAAACUACGACCACAAACCUGGAUGUUACUGAACCUGAUACAAAUUUGUCCAUUGACAAGAAAGAGUUGGAGGUGAACGUAAGCAUUGCAGAGGAUUUCUCCAUUCCCUGCGUCAUCACCGAACAGUCCAGCAACGAGUCCCAGUUCCAGGUCACAUGGUUCUGGCAGAAAGGCGCUGAAGCUAAACCCAUAUAUACAGCUUACAGAAAUUCUACCUUACAACCCAGCACAGAGAAUAUCGCUGUAAGAUACGGCCACCCACUCCCUGGCCAAUUCGACCUUAAAGUAAAGACUGAUGCUGAAAACAGCGGCGUGUACUUCUGUGAAGUAGAGGAGUGGCUUUACUCUCAUCCUUAUGGGUGGAGGAAGCUUGCGGUUGAGAAGUCUGGAAAUCUGACUGUGAACGUCGAUGCAGAAGGGAGAGUCAAUGCCUUGUCUGGGCCUGAAUGCAUGGCUCCCAUAUGGAUUGCAAUAUUUGCGAUGACUGUCCUCACCUUGCUCUUCGUCAUAAUGAUUCUGGUGUGGAGGAUGUGCAAGAAAAAGACGUCAGGAGGAAAUAAUUCAACUCUCUGGGUAGAACAAGUCCCCCUGAACGGCAAAAGCUGAGCUCUGAAUCACUCAAAGCAGAAAAAUAAACAGGAAAAUAAAUGCUUUUAUUUUUUAAACUCUGGGACGUGCAUGAAGAAAUGUUUUAGAAUGUAAAAAAUUGCAAUGUUCAUUUUACUGUUAUUUUUUUUUUUUUAUAAAAUAUGUUACAUUUUUUUUUACAGAAAAGGAAAAAAAAUCGGUUUGCUUUCUUUGCCGUUGAGAAUAUCUUAGUUUUUAUACAUUAUUUAAAUUAGUUCAUCAACUGAAAUUAAACAAGCAUUUUUUAGCUUGCAGCUAAAAGCAGUUUGCAAAACCACCGACUGUAUAUUUUCUUUCAACCUCAAACUGAAAGUUGAGAUCAGCAGUGACCUUUUUGGUAGCACAGCUCUGAAAACAUUUCUGUUUUAUGUUACAGCAUGUAAAAAGAAUAUUUAUACUUUAUCUUUGAGACCUCUCGCGUGUCCAGGACAGCAUCAUGACAUGAAAUGUCAUGAGAUCUGAAACUGUUUUUGUACAACACACACAAAAAAAGAACAAAACCAGGAAGUUCUCUGCGGUUGUGAACAGGCUGACUGCUGAUAUGUGUAAAUCUGGGUAUGUGGCAGACGUUCUCACAAUCAGACUUUUUUUUUCCUUUUUUCUUUUGUUGAGACGCAAGCUUGCAGUGUUAGGUAAAAUCUACCCAUGCAAAAAUUAGUUUUGCAACCCUGCUGCUCAAACUUGAUGCUGGAAACAUUUCCAGUUUACAUCAUUCAGUUGGUCGCGUUGCUGAGAAACUGAGAGUGAACGUCCGUGUAACCUGUUUCUCGUGGCCUUGUUCUAACUUGAGUUUAUUUUGAAAACAGCGACUGUAAAAUUCUGUGUGUGCUUAUUGUCUUUUUUCAGUGACACAUUGCACGUGUCAUUGUAUGUUUUUGCAUCCUUCAUUUUUAACUGAAGUGGAAUAAAUGUAAAUAAAAGAGACCAUGAUGCCUGAUUAAA